AUGUUACUUUAUAUCGUGAUUGGUGCUGUUGGCGGGUUUUUACUUCUCGUCUUUGUUACUGUUUGCUGUGUAUGUAACAAAAAUGGAAGACUCCGUCGCCAUAAAGUAAGGUGUAAAUUUGCAUUGAAAUUUAACAGAAAUAUUUUACACAAUAAAUCUAAGAUAAGUUCUUUGAAUGUUUGCAUGGCGAUAAAAUAUAAUUGUUUUUGUUUGUGGAAACACCACGCAAAUUUAUCACUGCAAAGCUUUCGAUCCGUAAGCCCGGAUCUUCAUCAGUGCUAAUAAUAUCAUAUCUGCACGCCAUUUUGGGCUGCCUAUGAUAUUAUUAGCACUGAUGAAGAUCCGGGCUUACGGAUCGAAAGCUUUGCAGUGAUAAAUUUGCGUGGUGUUUCCACAAACAAAAACAAUUAAAUCUAAGAUAGUUCAAGGAAUAUAAUUACAAAUCAUUGUUUCUUUAAUAUUACCAUUUAAGUUUUACAGGGUAUUUAACAAUAAUUUAAUUAAAAUAUAAAUGAUUUAGUUGUCCAUAUAAAAAGAAAUAUAAAAUUUAAUGAAACUGUUAAUGGUAAGUAUUGCCAAGUCCGUAUUUCCAAAUAAAGCUAGACAUGUUCUUCAGAUUUCACUACGAACACAACGUAAACGUCAACAACGGGGAAAACAAAGAGAACAAGGUGCCUUCACAGUGAAUUCGGGAAGGAUGUCUGCUAAGCAGGAUCAUUCUGAACACCAUGCAUCACGCUUGAAUGGAAAGGUAAAAGUGGCUUUCACAAACUUUAUGCUGAUCAUUUAAAAAACCCGAAUUAUUCCCGGUUAUAAGUUAUAUAAUGUUGUACUUGUGUCAGGAAUAUUAAACGCAGAGAAUUAACGGUUUAAGAAUAUAGUAAGGGUAAUUAUAUAUAAUAAUACAUGAUUUGUAUAUAUAGAGGAUAUUAUAGACGGUUGCGAAGAGAUACUGAUGGAUUUUAUGUUCGAGUGGCAAAAACAAUAUCAAUUAAAAUAUAAAUGAUUUAGUUGUCCAUAUAAAAAGAAAUAUAAAAUUUAAUGAAACUGUUAAUGGUAAGUAUUGCCAAGUCCGUAUUUCCAAAUAAAGCUAGACAUGUUCUUCAGAUUUCACUACGAACACAACGUAAACGUCAACAACGGGGAAAACAAAGAGAACAAGGUGCCUUCACAGUGAAUUCGGGAAGGAUGUCUGCUAAGCAGGAUCAUUCUGAACACCAUGCAUCACGCUUGAAUGGAAAGGUAAAAGUGGCUUUCACAAACUUUAUGCUGAUCAUUUAAAAAACCCGAAUUAUUCCCGGUUAUAAGUUAUAUAAUGUUGUACUUGUGUCAGGAAUAUUAAACGCAGAGAAUUAACGGUUUAAGAAUAUAGUAAGGGUAAUUAUAUAUAAUAAUACAUGAUUUGUAUAUAUAGAGGAUAUUAUAGACGGUUGCGAAGAGAUACUGAUGGAUUUUAUGUUCGAGUGGCAAAAACAAUAUCAAUUAAAAUAUAAAUGAUUUAGUUGUCCAUAUAAAAAGAAAUAUAAAAUUUAAUGAAACUGUUAAUGGUAAGUAUUGCCAAGUCCGUAUUUCCAAAUAAAGCUAGACAUGUUCUUCAGAUUUCACUACGAACACAACGUAAACGUCAACAACGGGAACGACAAAGAGAACAAGGUGCCUUCACAGUGAAUUCGGGAAGGAUGUCUGCUAAGCAGGAUCAUUCUGAACACCAUGCAUCACGCUUGAAUGGAAAG